UGUUUAUUUCCCGCCAAAGUUGAAGUAAGCAAAGUGUGGACUCGCUAACCAAAAGGAUAUAAUGAACGUAUAAGUACCAACGAUCACAAAAUGGUACUACAGAACUCUGGCCGGUUUAAGUCCGAGAAGGAUCAAGGUUCCGGAGAUUCCACGGGGCGAGAAGACAGCACUGAAAAACGACUAAGCAGAGCGACCUUGAAUGAUGAAAUUGACCUUCGCUUCGGGUUUGAUCGGUACAAGGACCCCCAGGAGAAAACAGGCUGGCUCAUUAAUAUGCAUCCUACGGAUGUGCUUGAUGAAGAUAAGCGACUGGUCAGUGCUGUUGAUUAUUAUUUCAUCCAGGACGAUGGAGCACGUUUUAAGGUGACAUUGCCUUUCAAGGCCUACUUCUACGUGGCCACAAAGCAGGACUGUGAGCGAGAGGUGGCUUCAUUUCUGACACGAAAGUUCUCCGGGAAAAUUGCCACUAUUGAAAGUGUUGUGAAAGAAGAUCUUGACUUGCAUAAUCACCUGGUGGGGUUGAAGCGGAAGUACCUCAAGCUCUCCUUCCUCAGUGUCGAGGAUCUCAUGAAAGUUAAGAGGGAGAUCUUUCCUGCCGUCAGGAAGAACAAGGAGAGAGAGAAGCAGAAUGAAGCCUACACUGCCAUGCUGACCAGCCACUUGACAGGAGAAGAUGGUGUCUCCAAGAAGAUAGCAGACCAGAUGGACAACAUCAUUGACAUCAGGGAGUAUGACGUCCCCUACCAUGUCCGUGUGUCCAUUGACUUGAAGAUUUUUGUGGGUCACUGGUACUCUGUGAGGGGGAGAGGGGGCGCGCCCCCCGAGAUACGGCAGCGGGAGGAUCUUGUUGACCGACCGGAUCCAGUGGUGUUUGCGUACGACAUUGAGACAACAAAACUACCCCUGAAGUUCCCUGAUGCCCAGAUAGACCAGAUUAUGAUGAUAUCCUAUAUGAUAGAUGGGCAGGGCUAUUUAAUAUGUAACAGGGAGAUAGUUUCUCAAGACGUGGAGGACUUCGAGUACACACCGAGACCUGAGUUUGAGGGACCUUUCAUUGUUUUCAAUGAGCCAGAUGAGGUUUCAUUGAUCAAGAAAUUCUUUGAGCAUUUCCAGGAAGUACGACCCCAAAUCUGUGUAACAUACAACGGAGACUUCUUUGAUUGGCCGUUCGUGGAGGCGCGGGCAGCUGUCCAUGACAUGGAUAUGUUCCGGGAAAUCGGCUUCCAGAAGGACAAUCAAGGGGAAUACAAGUCCAGGCACUGCAUACACAUGGACUGCUUCAGAUGGGUGAAACGAGACAGCUACCUGCCUGUUGGAAGUCAGAAUCUGAAGGCUGUUGCCAAGGCGAAGUUGCGGUAUGAUCCAGUGGAGUUGGAUCCAGAGGAGAUGUGCCGGAUGGCGAGCGAGGAACCUCAGGUGUUGGCGAACUACUCUGUUUCGGAUGCUGUUGCGACAUAUUACCUCUACGUCAAAUACGUCCAUCCCUUCAUCUUUGCCCUGUGUACCAUCAUCCCCAUGGAACCCGAUGAGGUAUUGCGGAAGGGCUCGGGGACGCUGUGUGAGGCGCUGCUGAUGGUGCAAGCCUACCACGCUAACAUCAUCUUCCCUAACAAGCAGGAGUCCGUGCUGAACAAGCUGACCGAGGAUGGCCACGUGCUGGACUCCGAGACGUACGUCGGCGGUCAUGUGGAGGCUCUAGAGUCGGGGGUGUUCCGGGCUGACAUUCCUUGCAGAUUCAGAAUGGUGCCGGAAGCCUUCAAGACUCUCAUUGACAGUGUAGAGCGGACGAUGAAGCACGCCAUCGAGGUGGAGGAGAAGAUACCCCUUGACACAGUCACAAACUUUGACGAGGUGUGUAGUGACGUUGUGGAGAAGUUGGAGAUGCUACGAGACUGCCCCAACCGUCUGGAGAACCCCAUCAUAUACCAUCUUGAUGUGGGGGCCAUGUACCCUAACAUCAUCCUCACCAACAGACUGCAGCCACCAGCCAUUGUGGACGAGGCAACAUGUGCAGCUUGCGACUUCAACAAGCCAGGAGCUCUCUGUCAACGCAAGAUGCCUUGGAUGUGGAGGGCAGAGUUUAUGCCGGCGUCACGGAAUGAGUUUCAUCGCAUUCAGCAACAGCUUGAGAAUGAGAAGUUCCCCCCGUACUUCCCUGGGGGAGAACCCAGAGCAUUCCACCAACUGCCGAAAGACGAGCAAGCUGCCAUUGAGAAGAAACGACUGGCAGAGUACUGUCGGAAGGCAUACAAGAAGACCAAGAUAACAAGAAUGCAAGAACAAACAGCUACCAUCUGCCAGCGAGAAAACUCCUUCUACGUCGACACAGUGCGAGCUUUCCGUGAUCGCCGGUACGAGUUCAAGGGCCUGACCAAAGUUUGGAAGAAGAAGCUGAGCGAGGCCGAGUCCAAGAAAGAUGCUGCGGAGACGAAGAGAAGCAACGGCAUGGUGGUGCUGUACGAUUCUCUGCAGCUGGCUCACAAGUGCAUCCUCAACUCCUUCUAUGGCUACGUCAUGAGGAAGGGAGCUCGGUGGUACAGCAUGGAGAUGGCGGGUAUUGUCUGCUUCACUGGAGCCAGCAUCAUCAAGAAGGCCAGAGAGAUUGUCGAACAAAUUGGACGCCCACUGGAGUUGGACACAGAUGGAAUCUGGUGUGUUUUGCCAGCAACUUUUCCUGAGAAUUAUGUCAUCAAGACAACGAAUCCAAAGAAGGCCAAAGUUACCAUUUCCUACCCUGGCGCCAUGCUGAAUGUGAUGGUCAAGGACCAUUUCACCAACCACCAGUACCAGGAGCUGGAGGAUCAAGGCUCUCUCAACUACUCCCUGCGCAGCGAGAACUCCAUCUUCUUUGAGGUGGAUGGACCAUACCUGGCCAUGAUCUUGCCUGCCUCAAAAGAGGAGGGCAAGAAGCUUAAGAAGAGAUACGCAGUGUUCAACUUUGAUGGCUCGCUGGCUGAGCUAAAGGGGUUUGAAGUCAAGCGACGUGGAGAGCUGCAGCUGAUCAAGAUCUUCCAGUCGUCCGUGUUCGAGGCAUUUCUUAAAGGCAUUACACUUGAGGAGUGUUACGAUGCUGUGGCCAAGAUUGCGGACUACUGGCUGGACGUGCUGUACAGCAAGGCGGCUAACAUGCCAGACUCCGAGCUGUUCGAACUCAUCGCUGAGAACCGGAGCAUGUCUCGUAAACUGGAUGAUUAUGGCGAGCAGAAGUCAACGUCCAUCAGCACAGCAAAGAGACUAGCAGAGUUUCUGGGAGACCAGAUGGUCAAGGACGCUGGACUGGCCUGUCGGUUCAUCAUCGCCAAGAAACCUGAGGGUGCCCCCGUCACUGAGAGAGCUAUUCCUUUAGCCAUUUUCCAAGCUGAACCUAGUGUCAAAAAACACUUCUUGAGAAAAUGGUUGAAGAAAGCUGAUAUGUCCCACUUUGAUAUACGAGAGAUCCUGGACUGGGAGUACUACAUAGAGAGACUGGGCGGCACCAUUAUGAAGAUCGUCACCAUCCCGGCAGCGCUGCAGCAGGUGCCAAACCCCGUGCCUCGUAUUCCACAUCCAGUCUGGCUACACAAGAAACUACUGGAAAGGAAUGAUGUGUUCAAACAGAAGAAAAUCAGCGAGAUAUUUGCACCGAUGGCGAAAAAGACCUCCCAGAUGGGGAUGGAGGAGGACUCCGAGGACAUUCUAUCGUCCUCCCAGAAUGGCAUAGGGGACAUGGAGGACAUCGGAGGACGUCCUCCCAGGUCGGGGCUUGCCGUGUCCCACAAGAGGAAACGGGGCAACUCCGACACGGACACACCAAACACACAGCUGGACUCUCAGACGUCUGACCUGUCACAGAACUGGAGAGAUGUACUUGGUGCUCCUCCUCCAAUGGGCAGUACGAAGGAGGAGAGGAAGGUGUGGCUAGAGUACCACAAGAAGAAGUGGCAGAUGCAGGCCAAGGAGAAGCAGGAGAGGAAGAGACGGAGACUGGACUUCGACACCCCGGCCACUGCUUCCCUGCCGGCCCGGGGGCUGGGUGGGUUCCUGCGGCGGACAGCGCGCAGCAUGAUGGACAUGCCGUGGCAAGUUGUACAGUUGAUGGAGACCAGCCUUCCUGGUCAGUACAGACUGUGGGCUGUCAUCGGUAACGACCUCCACUCCAUCAAGCUCAACAUUCCUCGCAUCUUCUACGUCAACCAGAAAAAUCCCAAGGAUGGGGAAGGAGCGAUGUGGCGGAAGGUUCAGAAGACCCUGCCACGAUCACAUCCCGUAUUUCAUCUGUACGAGUAUUCUGUCCCAGAACAUAUGUACAUGGAACAUACAAAUGAUAUCAACGCUGACCUGUCGUCCCCAGACAUCGAGGGUGUGUACGAGACACAGGUUCCCCUUCUGUUCCGUGCCUUAGUUCAACUCGGCUGUGUGGUGACUGUCAACAGAGACUUUGCCAAGGUUAUGGCUGGCAGGGAAACGGACACAUUUGACCUGGACAACUUAGAGUUCCGGACGCUAGCCCAGUUCUCGUACCUUGACCCCGGCACCAUCAAGCACCUGUACAUGUACCAUCAUGUGUGUGGGAACAAGAUGAUGUUUGGCUUGUUUUUCCCGGGCUCGAAGAAGGGGACGAUCUUUGUGGUGGACACCGUGCGCAGUGACCAGAUGCCUAAUGUCGGAGCGCUCUACAAUGCGGAGAGGAAUGCCAAAGUGACCAAAGGUGCUGACGAGACAACUCUCCCAGAAGCAGGCUACACAUUUGAGGUGAAGCUGGAGAAAGAUGUCCGCCAGGCCCACCGAGCCAUCCAGAGGAUGUUGUCCGCAUACAAGGAUGAGAAAAGAGGGCCAACAUUCAUCGCUAUCCAGUCUCCUCUUGAUUUCUCCCAUUUGACCUCUGUGAUGCCCGGCUUGUGUGACUUCCCCUUAGUGCCAAUCCACAUAACGGACAGUGAGAACCUGUACAAUGUCCUGGACUGGCAGAGAGUCGGGAGUCGACGCUUGCUGCAGCACUACAUGAAUGGCGAGAUCAUCCUACAGGCAAUGAUGGAACAGUGUCGCUACCUCCAUAUCCCUAUCGGAAACAUGCCAAGGGACAUCACUCUAUUUGGCUGUGAUCUGUUCUUCGCCCGCCACCUACACAAACAUAACCACCUGCUGUGGUGCUCGCCAACCGAGAGGCCGGACCUUGGCGGCAAGGAGGCCGACGACAACAGGCUGUGUAUGGAGCUUGAGGAGAGCUCAUCUGUGGAGGUAAACAACAUCGGCUGCUACCCCACGGUGUGUGUGGAGCUUGACAUCGCCAGUCUCGCAGUCAACACCAUCAUCGAGUCUGCGCAUGUCAACGACCAGGAGGGAGCGAGUGCGGUCAGCUUCGACACGAUGCCACAGACGUCUCUAGAGGACAUGAUGCAGGGACAGGGAGCAGCCACCAUGCUGGCGAGCUAUGACGAGACCGCGCUGUGCUCCUCAACAUUCAGGAUUCUGAAGAGUAUGGUCCACAGCUGGGUGAGGGAAGUGACAGCCUAUGGCAACGUGUUCGCUGACAACCAGAUCAUUCACUUCUACAGAUGGCUACGUUCUCCAAAUGGCCUGUUGUACGACCCGGCUCUGAGACGAACCCUCCACAACAUGAUGAAGAAAGUCUUUAUGCAGCUGAUAGCAGAGUUCAAGCGACUGGGAUCGCAGAUCGUGUACGCUAAUUUCAACCGCCUACUACUAUGUACGAAGAAGCGCCGCCUGGUGGACGCUCUGGCAUAUGUGGAGUACAUCACCAACAGUAUCAAGUCUCGCGAACUCUUCCACCUCGUCGAUAUCACGUACGAACAGUGUUGGGAGUUUCUCAUGUGGCUUGAUCCGGCCAAUCAUGGUGGGGUGCGAGGGAAGCUGCCGACCCUCCCAGGGGGGAACAAAACACACAAAGUUGGGGGAGAGGACGACAGUGAUGAGGACUUGCCCGUUGAGGAGGACGAUGGGGAAGAGCUUAACAAGUCGGACACUGAGGACGAGCCGGAAAUCGAGAUGAACUGGAACAUUGUCCACUUCCUCCCCGAGGCUGCAGCAUGCCAGACUAACUUCAGCAUGAUAGUUGCUGGCUACAUCCUGUCCGUGUACAACCAGAUAGACGAGGAGCAACGUCGCCUCACCCCGGGGAACACCCCCAUCCGACGCCGAGACAGCAGCCAGACACAGAAACACCUUGAUCCAUCGGCCACCCCGUCAACUGUGUCGUUUGCCCAAGAUCUUGUCCAAGGGGAGCUUGCACAGCAGAUGUUUGCAAUCACCCAAAAGAUUCAAAAGAAACUUGCAGGAAGCAAGAGUAACCAAGGCAACCUAGCAGCAGAAUUCCCACAGUUGCCCGGCUCCCAUCUCCCCCUCAACAACCCCUCCCUGGAAUUUGUCAAGGCUGUGUGUAAGGUGUUGGCUCUAGACACUAACGUCACAAUCCAGGUCACCAAGCUGAAGCGUGACCUCCUGAAACUGAUCGGCGUGGGGGAAUUUUCACCUGCUGCUCAGUUUGCCGACCCUUGUCUCUCCUAUGUGCUGCCAGAGGUGAUCUGUAAAUCAUGUAACCACAUCCGUGACCUUGACCUUUGCCGUGACCCAUACCUCAGUCAAGAUGGUGCAGGGAGUGUGUGGUCGUGUGUGCAGUGCCGGGCAGAGUACGAUGUGGAGGAGAUCGAGCAGAGCCUGGUGGAUGCGGUACAUCGGAAGUCCAUGGCCUACAUCCUCCAGGAUCUCAAGUGUAUCAAGUGUAAAGGGGUGAAGGAGAACAACAUGAAGCGGUACUGCUCCUGUGCAGGGGACUACUCCAACACCGUGUCUCUAGCUGACUUCGGCAAACAGCUCAAGACAUUCUCAGGAAUAGCCAGCCAUUACAAGAUGACUCUGCUGGCUGAAACGGUGGAGUGGCUGCUGUCCAUGAACCCGGCAAUAGCAGUGUCUCGAGUCACCAGCUAGUGGCCAGGCUACAGAAUAUAACCCAUGUCUUCUCAAGAUGGGCGGGGUCAGGUAGCCUAGUGUUUAAAGCGUUCUCUCGUCACGUCGAAGACCCGGGUUCGAUUCCUGACAUGGGUACAAUGUGUGAAGCCCAUUUUUGGUGUCCCCAACCGUGAUAUCGAUGGAAUAUUGCUUAAAAACGGCGUAAAACCAUACUCACUCACUCACUCUUCUCAAGAUAUCAAUGAAAUAGCUACCACUGAUU